CCCUUUCUCUCUCUAUAUAUACCCACCCACCCUCUACAUCUCAAUCCCCUUUUCUCCCCUUUCUGCAAGAUCAGAUUCCGGCGAGCCAGCGAGCGAGUUGACUCACUGCUCAAACAAAAUCAAGAAUUUCCACCCACACCCCAGAUUCCGUUCACCGAUCGGUUCCACCCAAUUCGAUUGACCCAUCAAAGCUGCUGCCGCCGAGUAUGUCGGACACGUAUUGCUCGGACUGCAAGCGGAACACGGAGGUCGUGUUCGAUCACGCGGCGGGCGACACGGUCUGCUCGGAGUGCGGCCUGGUGCUCGAGGCCCGCUCGAUUGACGAGACGUCCGAGUGGAGAACGUUCGCGGACGAGUCGGGGGACCACGACCCGAACCGUGUCGGCGGGCCCAUGAACCCGCUUCUGGGGGACGCGGCCCUCACGACGGUGAUCUCGAGGGGGGUGAACGGGUCGGGCGGGGAUCCGUCCCUGGCCCGGCUGCAGAAUCGGGGCGGGGAUCCGGACAGGGCAAUCAUGGUGGCGUUUAAGACGAUUGCUAAUAUGGCCGAUAGGUUGAGCCUUGUGACUACCAUCAAGGAUCGGGCAAGUGAAAUAUAUAAAAGGUUGGAAGAUCAGAAGUGUACCAGGGGAAGAAACUUGGAGGCAUUGGUUGCUGCUUGCAUUUAUAUUGCCUGUCGUCAGGAAGGCAAGCCGCGCACUGUGAAAGAAAUAUGCUCUAUUGUUGCUGGAGCCACAAAGAAAGAAAUUGGCCGGGCAAAAGAAUUUAUUGUGAAACAGUUGAAGGUUGAGAUGGGUGAAUCAAUGGAGAUGGGGACCAUUCAUGCUGGAGACUAUCUGAGGCGUUUCUGUUCUAAUCUUGGCAUGAGCAAUGAAGAGGUCAAAGCUGUACAAGAAACUGUGCAGAAGGCUGGUGACUUUGAUAUUAGGAGGAGUCCCAUAUCUAUUGCUGCAGCUAUCAUUUUUAUGAUAACUCAGUUGUCAGAUUCCAAGAAGCCCCUGCGAGAUAUCUCGAUUGCUACUACAGUUGCUGAGGGGACCAUCAAGAAUGCUUAUAAGGAUCUGUAUCCUCACGCAGCUAAGAUCAUACCUGAGUGGUAUGCGAAAGAAAGGGACCUCAAGAAUCUGUCGAGCCCUAAGGCAUGAAUGAGGGGUUACGAUGUUUGAUUAUUUGGGGUUCGAUACCCAGGUCUUGCAGAGCAUUGGAAGGGGUGACGAAGCUGCAAAACGGUUUUUUACUUUGAUUUUUUUUUUUUUUUUUCAUGUUCACCCUCUUGUCGACAUUCGUGAUUUUUUCUAAUUUUGGAAUUUGCGUGUUUGGUGUUCUUGGUAUUUUAUACAAGUUAUAAAAGUUGCUUCCUUUUCUUGGAAUAACACUUGGGACCUGCUUGAAAUUGUCCUGGAUAGUGCUUAUUAAGAGUGUGUGCUCUUGUGCAAGUGUAUAAGUUCACCUUCUAUGUGGGAAAAUAGGGUCUUCGAACUGUCAUCUCAUCUAAGUCCUUUUUAUAACAAUUCUAUUGACUUUUGAGUUUUGGUACAUAAUCAGUAAAAUCACUAAUCUACUUUUUAUGAUUUAAA